ACCCGAGCACAGGGAGAGCCGUUAGUUUGUUAACGCUAGUAGAGGAGGAAAUCUGACCGUCCAUGUCUUGACUACAAACAUUAACCGUGCUGACAACAUAAUUGGCAGCAAUGUCGAGAGAAAACACCACUCGGAGUUUGGACAGCAUAGACCUCGCUGCUUUACGAGAUCCAGCAGGUAUCUUUGAGUUGGUGGAGGUUGUGGGCAAUGGAACCUACGGUCAGGUGUACAAGGGUCGCCAUGUCAAGACAGGCCAACUGGCAGCUAUCAAAGUCAUGGAAGUCACAGAGGAGGAAGAAGAGGAGAUAAAGCUGGAGAUCAACAUGUUGAAGAGUUAUUCCCACCAUAGAAACAUCGCUACUUAUUAUGGUGCUUUUAUUAAAAAGGGUCCUGCUGGACAGGACCACCAACUCUGGUUGGUGAUGGAGUACUGUGGAGCCGGCUCGGUGACAGACUUGGUGAAGAAGACGAAGGGGAACUGUCUGAAAGAGGACUGGAUUGCUUAUAUCUGUCGAGAGGUGCUCAGGGGUCUUUCCCAUCUUCACUCCCAUCAUGUGAUUCACAGAGACAUUAAGGGACAAAAUGUUUUGCUCACAGAGAACGCCGAAGUCAAACUGGUUGACUUCGGGGUGUCGGCUCAGCUAGACAAGACGAUUGGCCGGAGGAACACCUUCAUCGGCACCCCUUAUUGGAUGGCUCCGGAGGUCAUCGCCUGUGACGAGAACCCAGAGGCCACAUACGACUACAGGAGUGACCUCUGGUCUUUAGGCAUCACUGCUUUAGAGAUGGCUGAAGGAGCCCCCCCUCUGUGCGACAUGCAUCCGAUGAGAGCGCUGUUUCUGAUUCCGCGGAAUGCUCCACCCAAACUGAAAUCAAAGAAGUGGUCCAAGCGUUUCUUGUCGUUCGUCGACAGCUGUCUAGUCAAGAACCAUCUGCACCGACCCGCGACCGACGCCCUGCUGAGACACGCCUUCAUCAGAGACCUGGCUAAUGAAAGACAAGUGCGCAUCAUGCUCAAAGAUCACCUUGACAGAACCAGGAAGAAGAGAGAGAAAGAGGGUCCAGAGUACGAGUAUAGCGGCAGUGAAGAAGAAGAAGAUGAGGUGGCAGAAGAGGAAGGAGAACCCAGCUCCAUAGUGAAUGUACCUGGAGAGUGGACGUUAAGACGGGAGUUUCUUCGUUUACAGACACAGGAUCGUGAAGGGGGCAGAGAGGGAGGCCACGCAGGAGGUGGAGGUCAACAAAGACAACAGGCGUUACAGCAGCACAGGCAGCAGUUGGCAGAGCAGGAACGAUACAAGCAGCAGUUACUGGCUGACAGACAGAAGAGGAUCCAACAACAACACGAGCAACGGCAAAAGUUGGAGGAUCAACAGCGGCGACAGCUGACAGACUGCGCCUUUCAGUGGGCGGAGCUCCAGGAGAUCUUGCUCGGGGAGGAGUCUGAUCUCCAUGACAACAGAAUCCAGCUGGAUGACAGGAACCGGAGGGGCGACAGGAGACAGCAGGAGCAGCCUGGCAGACAGCUGAGUGCCGAUGUGUCAGUAAGGCCUCUGGACUCUCCAGCAGAGCAGAGAGCCGUGGCUCCAAACCAGCUGCUUCAGCACAAGGCCCAGCAUUCGCAGCCUCAGCUGCAGCCGCAAGCCAAGCCCCAGCCUCUGGCCCAGCAUCAGCAGCCCUCAGCGGGCAGGAGAUCCCACCGCACCCUGCCCAAGGACCAAACCCAGCUCCUGUCACUGCAGCACGACCAUAGACACAGGGAGAGAGAGAGGGAGCGAGAGAGGCAGAGGCAGAGAGAAAAGCCUGUGGCAGCAGUCCAGAAGCUAACGGCUAAUACUGGGAGCACAGCUGCUGUUGCUGCUGCUGCUGCCGCCGCAGCCGCCGCUGCCGCUUCCUCGCCCAGUCGCCCCUCAAACAGCCAGCGCUCAGUGAUGGAUUUCCAGGAAUCAAACUUAACCAGGCUGCUUUUGGCCGCUGGUCUGCCCACCCAGAUGCACUCGAGGCUGGGCUCUGGGAGCAGCUCUAGUCCUUGUACCCCAGCCAUGCAGAGAGCUCACUUCAACCAGAAUGCCAAUCUGCGCUCUAGUCGAGAUGCCCCUCACAGCAGCUCUAUGUCAGAUAUGGUCAUCUCCCCUUUGUCCCCCUAUCCUCCCCUGUCCCCAACUGAUGAUGUUUUUUGGGACCAUGUCGAGACUCCACCUAAGGUCCCAGAACGCACUACGUCCAAGUUCUACUGUAGAGAGCAGAUGAUGGGCCACAAGAGGGCUGCUUCAAGUGGCUGCCCGGUGUCUGUAGCAGAUAAAAGUGGAAGGUCUAUGUCUCAUGGACUGUCCCCUAUUAACAGUAACCACUCAGGUUACUUCAACCUGGAGAGUCCACUCUUACAUCACCGUCUGCAGCCGCACAGGAGGACACAAGAAAGCAUCAACAGCGGACAUACACAGGGUGUAAAAUCUGCACUCAGCCGGCUCAACAAGGCCACAGAAUACUCCUCCUCCAGUGACGAGGUCGGCAGCAGUGAUGAUGAAGAGAGCAACAGGUCUGGCCUGUCAAAUGGAAAGGGGAAAUACUUCAGAGGAAUACCUGAUGGCAUCCUGCUGCAGCCUCACCACAAUCUCAACCAGAUUUCUCAAAGGGGGUCAGAUGACACCUAUCUGCUGCCAGACCUUCUGCAGAAAACCUCUUCAUCCAGCCCUACCCAUAAUGCACUGGGCCAGCAGCAGCGGGCACAUGAUCUCAGUUACUCACAAUCACCCACGGCCCCUCGAUCCCCCACACACCAGGAACUACAUGCUGCCGGCAGUCCAACUGGUAAAAACACCUCCACAUCCUCCACUUCCUCCUUCCUGUCCUUCAUCGAUCCAAGAUUGAUCCCCAUAUCAUCACCACCACAGAGCCCUAGCAGCAAGGGUGAGCCAAUCAAGAGAGAGAACCACAGGAAGGGCUCUGUGGUGAAUGUGAACCCGACCAACAUUCGACCACAGAGCGACACUCCGGAAAUCCGAAAGUACAAGAAGAAAUUCAAUGCUGAAGUUCUCUGUGCUGGACUGUGGGGUGUGAAUUUGUUGGUGGGGACAGAAAGUGGUCUGUGGCUGCUGGACCGAAGUGGUCAGGGGAAGGUGUACUCGCUCAUCAGCAGACGAAGGUUUCAGCAGAUGGAUGUACUGGAAGGACUCAAUGUUCUAAUCACUAUAUCAGGUAAAAAGAACAAGCUGCGUCUGUACUACCUGUCCUGGUUGAGGAAUAAAAUCCUCCACAACGACCCAGAGGUGGAGAAGAGACAGGGUUGGACAUCAGUAGGUGAUCUGGAGGGCUGUGUACACUAUAAAGUGGUGCGUUACGAGAAGAUAAAGUUCUUGGUGAUUGCUUUGAAGAACGCUGUGGAGGUGUACGCCUGGGCCCCAAAACCCUACCACAAGUUCAUGGCCUUCAAGUCAUUCAGGUCUCUGCCUCAAAAGCCAAUGUCUGUUGACUUGACAGUGGAGGAAGGUCAGAGGUUAAAGGUCAUCUACGGCUCUUUGUCUGGUUUCCACGCCAUUGAUGUAGACUCUGGGACCCCCUACGAUCUCUACCUGCCUACACAUAUCCAGGGUUCCAUCCGCCCCCAUGCCAUCAUUAUUUUGCCAAACAGCGCUGGAACAGAGGUUCUGGUUUGCUACGAGGACGAGGGCGUCUACAUCGAUACGUACGGCCGCAUCACCAAGGAUACAGUGCUACAGUGGGGGGAGAUGCCCGCGUCGGUCGCCUACCUCCAGUCUAACCAGGUGAUGGGUUGGGGUGAAAAGGCCAUUGAACUGAGAUCUGCCAACACAGGGAACCUAGAGGGAGUUUUCAUGCACAAAAAGGCUCAGAAACUCAAGUUCCUGUGUGAAAGGAAUGACAAAGUCUUCUUUGCCUCUGUGCAGUCAGGAGGCAGCAGUCAGAUUUACUUCAUGACUCUCGGACAGAACUCGCUGUUCAACUGGUAAUGAGUGGACCUGUUACUCUCUGGGAUCAACGGCUGAUGCCUGCCAUUAUUCUGGGGUUUGCGAGGUGAUGCCUCUUCAUAUUCGUGCUGACACAUACUCAAACACAUACCCCUGGAUCCAUUACCCAAGCCUCUCGUCUAGUGCAGCCAAUAAGUUUGUAAAUGUAAGUAUGGACGGAUUCACCAUGGGGCUGAUCAUAAAUCCAGCUGUGCUUGAAUCCAUCCUUGACUACUGAAGCCUGGAGCUCCACCUAUUCAGCCACAGUGUCACAAACAUCUGGAAGUUCAGCUAGAAGGAGCUUUAGUUCACCUUUCAAUGGAAAGUGUCAGCAUCUGUAAGGUGAAAAGCACUUGACUGGUAGAUUCUGGAAGAUGUUUCAUAACCAUCACGUUACUGUUCAACAUCUGGUCCUCAAGAGUCCGUCCUAUACUUAAACCGGACCUGUUUAUCUACAUCUGUCAGCACUGGAGACAUUCAUCUUGCUUGGAUCAGUUAUUCUUGUCUUUUUUUUUUUUUUUUUAAAGGAGUCCCUCCUACACAACUCUACCUUUCAUCAGUUACUCAGCUUACUUUGUGUCGAUCAGCUACUCACUUGUAUUCGCUAUAACAAUGUCUGGCUCUCAGCUAUGUUGUCGGUUGUUUAUUACUGGAUCACCUGCGCCCAAGUCAUUACAUCUGGAUCAUUACUCUCCCCACACAGACAAGGGAAGUAAUCUCCGGUGUGUCUUCAUAAAAGCAUCUGUUUAAAAAGGAGCAAAAAAGCUGAAGAAGAGAAGCGCUUCAUCAUCCUCGUUGACUCCACAGACAUCAUCUGGGCAUUUCAGAUAUUGGUUUUUGUUGGAAAUGUGGGCCAAACCUUCUUAAUUCUAGCCCCCUCAUAAUUUUCUUUAAUCAGCUUCCAGAUCGUUAACGUCUUUGUUGUCUGUCUCCAAUACCUCAGAAGUGUUUAUUUGUGUCAAGUUUUCCUCGUUACUGCUUUAAUCAGAAUUGAAGGACCCAAUUCAAAUGAUUAUAUCACUGUACUGAAUCCUUAUGUUGUUAAUUAACAUAAAGUAUUAUUAGAUAUAUGAUUAUAUUAUGCACUAUCAAAUGGUGUGUUCUUGGAAGAAGCGUUUCCUUUCCUUCUUCAGAUUGACAGUGAGUCAGUUAAACAUUUCCUAGAUUUAAUCAGUUAUGUUUUACUGUAAAUACACCGUUGCUGCAAAUCUUAUAAUAAUGAAUUGAAUUUAUUAAGACGUACAGCAUUAUCAUGAAGAUAUAGUUCACUUAUCUCUAGUUUAUUUAUUAGGUAAUUCUAUCCCUAAUCAUAAGUGGCAAGUCAACGUUUCUGUCUGUUUUGCCUGAAAUCAGUUAAAAUAAGUUGAGUUGGUUUUAUGAACACAUUAUUAAUACAGUCAGUACCCCAUCAGUCCUCUUAGAUCCCAGUUUGAGCAUUCACACCACCAGAUCUGGAUCAUGUAAUUUAGGUUGUAUUACUCCAUGACAAGGACCUUAAUAACCUUGUACUUUACUGUAAGAGUUUCAGUUGUAAUACACCGCAAGUAGAGAUACAAAGCUUCACAUUAACUGGCUAUGAAUGCUUUUUUGUACAGCUAAGGAUGUAUAUAAUCUUGUAAAAUGCACUGUUUUCUAAAAAAUUUUAUAAUUGACAAGCCAUCUUUAUGUAUGUGUACAGAAUUACAGGCUGAUGAAUGUGAAACGCCAUCCCAAAACAGAGUUCAUACAUGUGAUAUCCAUGUUCU